AUGAAAACGAUUCUCGACCUCCCACCCGAGAUCCACCCACUCAUUGCAGAACAUCUCACACGACCACAGAUCUUAUCCUGUAUUCUUGUCUGUCGGUCCUUCCAUGCCUCAUUCACAGCUUGUCUCUGGGCGGACGUGGUUGUGAAACCGUUUAUCCACCAGGUCGAGCCAUCCGUUAUCCGCGCCAACGCCCACUUUGAUGAACGUCUUGCCUACCCUGCAGUAGUGACCGAAAAGCACUACACGACGGUUGAUUGUCCUCGCCUGCGGGAGUUGCGGUUCUAUACUUAUUCCGGGCCCUUUGCCAGUAUGACUGAUAGCACUGUAAGAUUUGAUAGAACAGUAGGAUCUGAAGUCCACGAUUCUCAAGGUCCCAUCAAUGCCUGUAAGCUUCACCAAGUUGCAGAGUUGUCGCCAUCGCAGCAGAAGGCGCAUUUUGCUAGACAGCACUCGCAUAUCAGGAAGUUGACCUUUUGUCAUCGCAACCAGGAGUUGAAAGAGUUCUGGAAGGUUGUUGGGGCGGAAUGGAAGGAACUUGAGGAGUUGGAUAUGGCGGGAGUUGUUGAUGAGGAUUCUGUUAAUACGUUCUGGAGGGUGUGUAGUGGAUACAGUGGAGGAAGAGGAAGUAGAGGGGUUCGUCAUCUUCGAUUUACCGGAAUCUUGUUUCUGGGAGGGGAUCUUGCUUAUUUGUCGACCCUGUCCUUUGAACGGCUUGAGAGCUUGGCGAUCGUAAAGUACUUUUGGGCGUCUGAGCCGUAUAGGUACCAGAUGUGGCCUUUGGCGUUGCUCGAGCGGGUUCUGAAGACGUCCCGAGGUCUGAGACGUCUCGAGUGGCAUAUUCCCAACAUCCCGUUUCCUGUUCAGAUAAUCCAGGAUGCGCUUGCAGAGGGAUGCUGGCCGGACCUGAGCGAGCUGAUGAUGAAAGACAGGACAUGCUCCGAAGAAGAUAUGGUCGAGAUCCUUGAAUUGCUUUCGUUGCAGAGGUUGACGGCCUUGGAUGUUCAUGGAGGUAGAGGUAGCCAUGAGUUCGGUUGGCUGUUAUUCAAUUGUCUGAGGGAGAUGCAGUGCUUUGAUCAUUUGAGGGAGCUGGAUGUUGGAAAGUGUGCAGGUGUGUCGAGUAUGAUGGCCCAGGAGGUGUUGAUGGAGUGUGCUCACCUCGUUAUUUUGGAGGUGCCGUUUGUGUUUGUGCGGGAUAUUGUUACGGCUUCGAAACCGUGGGGUUGUCUGAGGCUGGAGAGGUUGGUGGUGUAUAUUGCCAAGCAGGAUGGGGAUGAGGCAGAGUGGGAGGAACGAGUGUUUGAGCAGAUUUCGAGGUUGAGGAGGAUGAGGAUCCUGUACUUGGAGCGGUAUCCGUAUGGCGUGAACGGAAUAAAGCAUUUGAUGACUUUGAAUCUUCGACCUUUGUCAUUGCCGUCAUCCGCACCCAUCGACAUCAACACCGUCACCAAUAACAGCAACAGUCAAGACAGCGACGGCAAUGAUAUUAUAAAAACCACCAUUAGACGUGGAGAUGGAGGUAGAAAUAGCGAUAACAGUGUCCACAAAAGUGGCGGUAUCGGAUGUUUGUCGAGUUUGGUGCAGCUACAAGAGUUUACAUUUGACGAUGGCCAACAGAGACUUGGGAUGGAGGAAGCCAUGUGGAUGACGGAACAUUGGCAGGAUCUGGUGUGUAUUCGAGGCACUUUUAAGGGUGUCGGUGAGGGCGAUGAUGUCAAGAGGCUGAAGUGCUUGUUUGCUGCAAGGGGCAUCAAGUAUUUCAGUUAG